AUGGCUACAACUUCGAUUAAUUACACUUUUUCUAAUUAUAUUCAAACUCAAUUAGUUUAUGCAUGCGACAUGAUUAAACUGGGGAGAUAUUCUUCUUGUAAUGUCGACAUUUAUUAUCAUCUGCUAUCCGGUGAGUUGUUUUGGUUAUUCGAUCAGAACUAUACACAACUAGGACAAGUUUUGAAGCCAAUGCUAUAUGAAGACAAAGGUGGUACCAAUCAAUAUCCAACAUGUUUUGUUCAGCACGAAACUGAUGCGAUCGCUUGUAGGAAAAGAGUUUGCUUCAGUCGUCAAAUUCUAAACGAAACUAGCAAUACUCUGUUUAACUGUGGAAUACCGGCAUCACAUUCAAUUGAUCGAGAUAAAGACAACAGGUGUGUGCAUCCAAACGGACGUAUACAAUUAAGUGACGUAAUGGAUGAAAAUGAUAUUCGUGCACUAAGCGAGUCUCAAGUAACACUUCGAAAGGAAGUUGACGAACUCAAAGUGCUCUGUAAGGUGCUUCAAAGCGAGAUUCAUUCACUCAGAGAUCAGUGUGCAGCAUUACGCAGCGAAAAUCAACAAUUCCGAGAAAAGUUUCAGCAAGUUGAAAGUCGAGUCCCGUUACAGAGUAUGCUGAGAAUAUCCAAUAUAAAUGUUGAUACAGAAUGGGUAGCAAACGGUAUUGUUGUAGCUGGAGCAAGCGGACCCGGUAGCGCAAUAAAUCAAUUGUGGGAACCGUACAGUGUAUGCAUUGAUGAUGACGACCAAACUAUUUAUAUUUCUGAUUGUAAUAACCAUCGCGUUAUUGCAUGGAAUUUGAACACACAGAUUGGCCACGUAGUUGCUGGCGGAAAUGGAAAAGGCAUUGGAGCUAAUCAACUAAAUUCUCCAAGAAAUGCCAUUCUCGAUAAGAAAACUGACAGUCUCAUAAUCUGCGAUUAUGGGAACAGACGAAUCGUACAGUGGCCUCGUCAAAAUGGUAAAUAUGGGCAAACAAUUAAGUCAAACAUAGAGUGCUAUGGAGGCUUCGCCAUAGAUGACGAUGGAUAUCUCUAUGCCUCUGAUUUUGUAAAGAAUAAAGUUAUACGUUGGAAAGAAGGAGAAAGUGAAGAGACAAUCGUAGCCGGAGGGAAUAGAGACGGCAAUGCCUUGAAUCAGUUGCAUAGUCCUACUUUUAUAUUCGUCGAUCAGAAUCGUUCGAUUUACGUCUCUGAUAAAGAUAAUGACCGUGUUGUCAUGUGGCCAGAAGGUGCAAAAGAAGGCAUUAUUGUCGCUGGCGGUCAUGGUAAAGGAAAUGAUGCAAUCCGUUUGAAAUAUCCAUAUGGAAUAGUCGUCGAUCGACUUGGUACUGUUUACGCGGCAGAUUCGUGGAAUAAUCGAAUAAUGCGUUGGAAGAAAGGAGCUCAAGAGGGCAGCGUGAUGAUCAGUGCAAAUGGCAGGGAAGACCAACUAAAUCCACUUGAUUACCCCAUUCACUUAGCGUUCGACCGAGAUGGUUCUGUCUACGUUGUUAAUCAGAAAAAUCAUCGAAUACUGAAAUUUUUAAUCGAUUCUUCCCGUUCAUCUUCAUAA